AUGAAUAGGCGUAAACCCUACUGGAUUGACCAAAAAGCCGAUCCAAAUCUGAACGAAGAUAUAACCCCUGAGAAUACCGAAUUCCUUUUAGCCGAUCGUGAAGAAAAUUUUACCAAUCGUUUUACUGGUAAAAGUCUCACUAAUGAGGCCAAUCGUCCCUGGCUCCCGAUGGAGACCCAGCGCUGUGGAUUAAUUGGCCUA